AUGGUCUUUAUUGCCAACUCUAUGCCCCCAGUUGCCGUCAUCCAACAGCCUUAUAUGCAGCGACAGAUACCCCUCAACGUCCCUCAGACCUUCCCGCCUAAUUGGGAGGAAUACUUCGCAGAUGCGGACACAAGCACAAUCCCGACAGAGGAACAACUAUACCAUCCGUGGUAUCAAACCGAUGAAGACUUCAACAAAUACUACGAGCCUAUCGGUGUCAACGUGAAGGCUCUCGUCUUUGCUGUCAUGCAUGUGCUCGACGUUCCAACCUCAGCCAUCCCCGAAGUCACUACCACCGCAGGCGGAGCCUUCAAUGCCGUGUUUUGCAUCACCUUGCCUCUUCCAACCCCGAAGGAUGCGAGUUUCGCAUCGCCGCCCGGAUUCCAAGGAUGA